GAUUACCAGCGAAGAAGUCUUUUCUGUGAAUUAACAGUCCAUAAAAAAUCAAUUUUCAAAAUGAGUAAACAAGAAGUAGAAAAUUUGAAGUUAUUCUUCGAACGACCUACCGAGCCGAUGUUUGUACCAAGAGGUGAAAAAAAUACAGCCUUCAAAGUACCCGGAAACUAUUUGGCUGACCGUUAUCAACCACUUGGGCCAUCUUUACAAAGUCGUUUUGGUGAAGAGGCUGACAACCAAAUUACUGUGAAAAAAAUAAGUUUACCAAAUACUCGACAAAUUGAACAACUUGGACGACGUGAACCUUUCUCAUUAUUUAUACCGUUCCAUCGCGAAUUAGCUGCACAAUUAAUUAACAUAAUGAUGGGUAUGAGAAGUGUUGGGGAUUUGACAUCAUUAUGUUGCUAUGUUCGCGAUCGAAUCAAUCCUUUCUUGUUUAAUUAUGCUUUGAGCGUUGCCAUGUUACAUCGCCCUGAUACCCAAGGAACGGAUAUUCCAAAUUUUGCAGAAUCAUUUCCAGAAAAAUUUGUUGAUAGUACAAUAUUUGGAAAAGCGCGAGAAGAGGCAGCCAUUGUCCCAGAUGGAUCACGGGAGCCAAUUGAACUUCCGCGUGAUUACUCAGCCAGUGAUCUAGAACCAGAAAAUCGAAUAGCUUAUUUCCGAGAAGAUUUGGGUAUUAAUUUACACCACUGGCAUUGGCAUUUGGUGUAUCCAUUUGAAGGACGACGUGAAAUUGUGGCAAAAGACAGACGUGGUGAACUUUUCUAUUACAUGCAUCAACAAAUCAUUGCUAGAUAUAAUGUUGAACGAUUUUGUAAUAAAUUACCACGUGUUAAACGUUUAGUAAAUUUAAAAGAACCAAUGGAGGAAGCAUAUUUUUCAAAAUUGGACAGUUUAGUAUCAAGUCGAGCAUGGCCAGCACGAAGUGCGCAUAUGGUGUGCAAGGAUUUAAAUCGUCCCGCCAAUCGAUUGAAACAAGAUUUAGAUGAUAUGACUCGUUGGACUGAUCGGAUUCAUGAAGCAAUUAAUUCCGGUUUUGUUCGAAUGCCCGACGGUAGUCAACAAGAACUGCGCGUCCAAAAUGGAUUUGAUGAAGGUAUUGAUAUGCUUGGUAACAUGCUCGAAGCGAGCAGUUUGGCACCGAAUAUGGCAUACUAUGGAAAUUUACACAACAUGGGUCAUAUAUUUAUUGCGUAUGUUCAUGAUCCGGACCACAGAUAUUUGGAAAAUUUUGCACCUAUGGGUGAUACUGCAAUUAAUAUGCGCGAUCCAAUAUUUUACCGUUGGCAUGCGUUUAUUGACGACAUUUUCCAUAAAUAUAAGUCCACAAUUCCAAGAUACACAGUUCAACAAUUGGAAUAUCAACCAGUUAGACUUACUGGUGUUAAUAUCGAAGUAGCUGGGGGGCCAAGCAAUACCUUACAAACAUUUUGGCAACAAAGUGAUCUUGAUUUGUCUCGUGGUAUGGAUUUCAGUCCACGUGGACCAGUUCGAGUUAGAUUCACUCAUCUUCAACAUUCUGUCUUCAGUUAUCGCAUCCGAGCAAACAACUCUUCUGGAAAUCAAAUUCGUGGUACUUGUCGAAUAUAUUUGGCACCCAACAAUGAUGAACGUGGAAUUCCAAUUCCAUUCACGGAUCAUCGUAAAUUCUUCAUCGAACUAGAUAGAUUUAUUGUCACAUUGGAUCCAGGAAGUAAUGAAAUUGUGCGAAAAUCGACUGAAUCAUCAGUCACAAUUCCAUUUGAACGUACAUUCCGUAAUUUGGACUUGAAUCGUCCACCAGGUGGUGAUGAAUUGGAACAAUUUAACUAUUGUGGUUGUGGAUGGCCACAACAUAUGUUGAUUCCAAAGGGUACACCAGAAGGUUACCCAUGCACAUUAUUCGUUAUGAUUUCAAACAUUGCUGACGAUUUGGUUGAACAAGAUUUAUCUGGUCCGUGUUCAGAUUCGUCAAGUUAUUGUGGAAUCAAGGAUCGACUAUACCCAGAUCGUCGUUCUAUGGGUUAUCCAUUUGAUCGUGAGCCUAGAAAUGGUGUUAAUACAUUACGAGAAUUCCUUACACCAAACAUGGCCAUACAAAAUGUGAACAUACGAUUUACUGAUCGUACAGUGAUUCGUGGAUCUCGAUAAUCGGUUUGCAAUUUUUUACUGGAAAAACAAUGACGACCUCGCUCUGUAUGUGGAUAUCGCUUAAUUUUAUAUUAUAUUAUUAUUAUCAAUAUUACUAAGAAGAUGAUUAAGACUUCAUUACUCUUAUAUAUUUUAUUCAAAGAUGCAAAAUACAAUUUAUUUUUUCAUUUAA